CUUCUAGAUAGCAAAGAGAUGCCGUCCUCUUUGUUUUUUCAUGGCCGAAAGGAACGAUGAGUCGCCGGCUCAUCUGUGUUCUCCGAAGCAUAUGUGGCGAAUAUGCGCCCACUCGCAUAAGUCGAAUCAGCGAUGCCUAGCUCAAGUCGCCAAAACUCUCCUAAAUUCCUAAAUUGUGGAAAUCUCAAAAGAGAUAUAAAGCAAGUGAUCUUAUCCAUCAAACGCCGGGAGAGAGCCAUGGGGGAUCGGAUGGUGGCUCUCGUCACCGGGUGCGCGAAGGGCGGCAUCGGCCACGAGUACUGCAAGGCGCUGGCCGAGCGGAAUUGCCACGUCUUCGCCUCCGACAUCCCUCAGCGCAUGGAAGACAUGUCGGAACUCGCGUCUAGUCAUGGCGUGGAAGCCCUCGAGCUCGAUGUCACGUCCGAUGAAAGCGUGGCGUCGGCGGUCGAGGCCAUCAUAUCCAGGUUCGGCCGGAUCGAUGUCCUCAUCAACAAUGCCGGGAUCGGGAGCGUGGGGCCGCUGGCGGAGCUACCCUUGGAGGCGAUCCGAAAGGCUUGGGAAAUCAACACGCUAGGCCAGCUAAGGUUGGUCCAAAAAGUGGUGCCCCACAUGGCGGCCCGGCGGAGCGGCAAUAUCGUAAACGUGGGGAGCGUGGUGGGGACCGUGCCGACCCCUUGGGGCGGGUCGUACUGUUCGAGCAAGGCCGCGGUGCAUGCCAUGACGGACGCCCUGCGACUGGAGCUCCGUCCCUUCGGCAUCAACGUGAUCAAGGUGGUCCCGGGGGCAAUAAGGUCGAACUUCGGGAGCGCGACCACGGAGAAGCUGAGAGCUCACGAGUGGAGUCUAUACAAGCCGUUCACAGAGGCGAUCGCCGAGCGCGGGGGCGCUUCGCAGAGCGCGAAAUCGACCGACGCCGUGAUGUUCGCGAGGCACGUGGUGAACAAGAUCUUGAGCCCAAGACCACCCCGGCAAAUUGUGUUCGGCCACAUGACCGGCCUCUUCGCCGUGCUCUCAUGGUCUCCGCUUUGGGCGAGAGACCUCUUCUUCUCAAAUCGGUUCGGCCUGAAUAGGAAGCUCUAAAAAUUUAGUGCGAGAGGAGUGAAUUUGACCGAGGAUUUACAUGCAAUAAUUUGGUGCUUUUUUUCUAAAAUGGCUUGACAUCAACUGUGCUUCAUUCUGCUUCUCGAGACUUGUAACUUAGUUUCUUGCGAAGAUCAAGGGGGUUUAAUUUCUUAGACAGGUUCAAAAAAUAGUCAACUGUGCAAUUACAAAAGUCAACCUAUUCAUCAUAGCAAUUGUGGGAAUUCAUUGAGCGAUCAUCUGAGAUUAGCAUUAA